UACGUAAACUGUGCCACUUGUGCGUGAUCGCGUCAUUAACACGUGCUUUGACGUGCUAUAAGCGAGUCCCACUGUGGCGAGCAGGGAGUGAAGUAAGACGUGGUUUCUAGCUAACAUUCAUACUCGGAUGGAUGCAGCUGAGAGGAACUUGAGGGUCAUAUCUUGCCCAAGAAUACUUUAGCAUGCAGGUUGGACUUGCCAAGGAUCUGAACCACCAACCUUCCAAUUGGUGGAUGACCUGCUCUACAUCCUGAGCUUGCUCCCUGGUUAUAUGGGCGAGAAGCAGGGUGCACCCUGGACAGGAUGCCAGAAUUUGCAGGCAGGAUGUUGCGGCUUCGCUGUAAGACCAAAAAUGGGAGCCACUUGAUGCAUGGCUUGACUCAUCAGUCCUGCGUGCAGGAGCUGAAGCGCAAGGUGGAGGAGCUGACUGGUAUCCCCUGUGAUGUGCAGAAAAUAAUGGUCGGAUACCCACCCUCCAGCCUUGAUCUUCGGAACGGAGAGGCUCACCUCAAGGACUACCCUAUCAAAUCAGGAGACACACUCAUCGUUGAGGAGGAAAAAAACAAGCCAAAGCCUCAGGAUCGUCCCGCUGUGACGAAAGGACCUAACCUCGAAGUUUCACCUGUGCUGGCACGCCGAGUGGUCCCAGCUGACAACUCCUGCCUCUUCACCAGUGUUUAUUACGUGGUGGAAGGCGGAGUGUACGACCCCGCCUGUGCCCCUGAAAUGCGAGGUCUCAUUGCCCAGAUAGUCUCGAGUGACCCCGCAGCUUACUCUGAAGCGGUGCUGGGGAAAACCAAUGAGGAGUACUGCACCUGGAUAAGACGUGAUGACACCUGGGGAGGAGCCAUCGAGGUAUCAAUCCUGUCUAAGUUUUACCAGUGUGAGAUCUGCGUAGUGGAUACCCAGACAGUGCGAGUAGACAGAUUUGGGGAGGAUGCUGGCUACCACAAACGCGUGUUGCUGAUCUAUGAUGGCAUCCACUACGACCCACUGCAGAAAGAGAUCCCCGGAUCUGACACCCCACCCCAGACUAUCUUCUCGACCACAGACGACGUAAUCCUGGCCCAGGCCCUCGAGCUGGCAGACGAGGCUCGCCGCAAGCGGCAGUUCACAGACGUUAACCGCUUUGCCUUGCGCUGCAUGGUGUGUCAGACAGGCUUGGUGGGACAAAAGGAAGCUCGUGAGCAUGCCAAGGAGACAGGCCACACUAAUUUUGGUGAAGUGUGAAAGUCUUGCUGUCUUUCUUUUGCUGUAUCUCACAAAUACAACAACCACCAACCCCCAUGCCCUGUGUCUGGCAACUCUGUGGGUCUGUCUGCUUUUGUGAUCCUCUACCUCACAUUAUCUGGCAACAUCUUUGGAGACUCUGCAGGUACUGUGUUCCGCCUCUUACCUGUUCAGUAUUACUUUUUAACUACUGUCAGUUCUUACAGUCAGAAAUGCUACUGCAGUGCUCCAGUGUUAGAAACCAUAAUAUUCAGAUCUCUUUAAACUGGGACAGGAUGCAAAAAAUUCUUAGUAGUUUCGAUCUGGUAAUAUUACUCAUGGACAAGUUCACGGUGACAUAAACCAAACAGUUUAGGAUGUGUUAUCAAUGCAACAGAUUGGCAGAACCUACCCUUGACGAAACAAAGAUGUGCGAACAAAGAAUUUUAAAACAGCCACUAAGAAUUAUUUGCACAGUUAUGUGAUCACAUUCACUUUUGUCUUAAACACAGCAAGCUUGACUGUUAUUUAUCAUGUUGGUUAUGUAGCAUGUUUUUUUUAUUACAUUGGGUGCAGAUGUAAGUAAUUCUUCCAUUAAUUUCCUUAAAUUGAAACAUUUGAACUGUUCAAUAUAGAUGGCCUGAGUUAAUGCUAAGCAGGAUUCUUCUAAAUUUUAAUUUAAUGAAAAAUCAAUCAAACCAACCUAACCUCCUGAAUAUCAGUAGUUGUUUUUUUAUUGUUUUGGGGGGGGGGGGGGUUGGUGCAAGAACCUUAAUAACUAUAACUAUGGAUCCUUCAUAUUGUCAAUAUUUUCUGAGUUGCAUGCUGUAAAUCUGCACAGGUGUGACUCAAAAUUUGGCACUUUGUUUAAUCCAGAAGGAUAUGACGACUAAAAGAAGAUUCAGGUAUCAAAAUGUAGGUUAGAAAAUUAGACCUUUCAAGGCUACAACUUGUUCUGAUCAGCCACCUAUCCUACAUGGUGAUGUGAUCCUAUCCAAAUAACCAUUUGCGUAACAAACGGAUAACUCAUUGCAGACACCAAUGCAUCUCUCUGUUACUCUGCGUCUAUCGAAGACAUUAAAUGCAAUGAUUUGUCCCUUGAUUAUUAAGCUCAAAGGUACACUAUGUUUGGUAUGGUUGGUGGUAUGCAUUUUGAAUACAGUGUCAUACUGCAAGUGCAAAAUUGGUUUUGGGGGAUCUUUUGGGGGGGGGUGUUGCAACAUUGAUUGUGAGUGGGCUUGACUAAAUAAGACAAAAAAAGUUAUGGUGCUGUAAACGAAACACUUUACAAAAUCUGUAGCUCAUUUUUCUAUAUUUGUGCUGCAGGUUUUGACGAGUGUUUUUCUUGUCUUUGUUUUUUUGUAGUGCACAAGUUUGAAAUGCUGUAAGAACUGUUUUCUGUUGUUUAAAUUAUACUGCAUACUUUGAAAAACCAUUCAAGCAUUAUAUUUGUAACAAAUCAAGGUAAGACAUAUACAGUAUUUUAAGAUCUUUUUUUUCCUUGUAAAGGCUGCUCAUAAUGUCCUUUGCUAAUCAACAUCAAAUAUUUCCAUCUUACGUUUAUAGCUCUGGUGGAUGUAUUACAAGUAAAGGUACAUUUAGUUUACUGUUUUGUAUGUUUUAUAAAAACUGCCCCUCCUGUUUCACUGUAUGAAUUUUUUUCUUCCCCACAACAGGGGUCUGUUCUCACAUUUUAAGCUAGUCAUCCAUUAUCUCUUUGCUAAUUUCUUUGACAUACACUGGCUAUAAGGAUGAAGAAAGCACUUGUAUUAAACUUCAAGUCAAAGAUUUGAAAUUGAUAACUGUGGUUAGUUCUCAUUGUGGCAAAACAUGGUGUUUGACGGGUCUUUGGCAGAAUUGUUGCCAUCAGCUUCACAGUGGAGCCUUGACUGGACAAAACAACUGUUUUGUAUGGUUUUUUUUUUUUUUUUUUUUUUCCCCCUUAUCCCACCUCAUCAUCUACCUUAGGUAUUUUAAACGCUGGUCAAAACUGAAUAAUCAACUUGAUGAAACCAUGAAAUGGCUUUGUUGCAUUUUGUAUUUGCCAUGUUCUCAUGAUUAACAAUAACAGUGAAUGUUGCACACAAAGCACUACAGAAUAAACUGGAUUUACUUGAUUGUUUUGUUUUUUUCUUCAGUGUUGUCAAUUAAAAAAUAUAGCAAGGAG